UUUACUGUGCAUUGGAUUGAACCUAACACGCAAGAACGCAAUUCUAAAGCACUUGCAUGCAGGCGCAUGAUCGGACAUCAUUCAUAUGAUAACAUUGCUGAAAACAUUGAUAAAGUCCUUAAUGAAUUUAAUAUACAAAAUAAAACAACUCUUGUUGUUACAGACAACGCUUCAAAUUUUGUGAAAGCUUUUAGAGUGUUCAGUAUUGAAAAUGAAACUGAAGCUGAUCAUACAAUUGAGGUAAGUGAUGACAUGGAUACAGUAGAAUCUGAUAUUGAUCCAACAAACAUUGAAAUCAUAGAAUUAACAAAUGUUUUAGAAUCACCAAGUUUAGAAAAGUCUUUAGACUUCUCAUUGCCUCCACAUCAGAGAUGUGUAGCUCACACUUUAAAUUUAAUUGCUGUGAAUGAUAUACGUGAAGCUGAAAAGGAUGUUACAUAUAGACUUAUGAGUAAGAGAGUGUUUGGGAAGUGCCAAAAAUUGUUUAAUAAGCAAAAUCAUCAAUCAACGCUUUGUGCUGAUCAAAUAAAGAAAUAUUUAGGUCGAUAUCUAAUUACACCUAACGCGACAAGGUGGAAUUCUUUCUAUGAUGCGAUUAAAUGUGUCGUGAAUCAUAUUGAAAAAAUUGAAAUAAUCUGUAUUGAGCUGCAAUUGCCAAUAAUUUCUAAACCUCGAGAAGUUACAUUUUUAACUGAAUAUUGCAAAGUUAUGAAGCCUAUAGCUCAGGCUUUGGAUAUACUGCAGGGAGAUAAACAUGUGUCGUUAGGAUUCUUGCUCCCUACAAUAAGUAUAAUAAAUAAAUCAUUAAACGAGAUGAAAGAUUUAUCUUAUUGUAGACCGCUUGUUAAUGCAUUAAAGAAAGGUACAAAUAAAAGGUAA